ACAGACGAGCCUUUCGUGGAACCAGACUUGAGCUCGGGAGCCAAUACUCAUUUUGAAUGGAGUGAAGUAGGUGGCAUCAAAGGUGAUGGGGCUUUAUUUCAAUGUGCCAUGGUGGAGCGGGUGUUGCAUUGUGUGGAGCACUAACAAAACAUAGACGCAGUUUUCAAAGAUGCUGGAGCAUAUGUCAGGAGAAACAGAAAUUAUGAUAUCCCGGAAAAAGAAAGACAAAUCACCAAGGAGGGUUGGCAGUGUAAAAAGGACCUCACAAGCUGAUGGACAAAUGAUGAAAUGCAGAAGCAGUAAGCAAUCAACCGAGCAUCCAGAAAAAAAGCAACCAGUGUCCAGGAAAGAAACUAGUGCUGCUGCUUCUGAUGUGACCUCCGAUAAUUGCAGACAUCCACGUUUCCUUCAUGGACCAUGUCCAGCAACACACUUUGGGCCCAAAGCCUGCAUGCUGCCUAAUCCUACUUCGGUUAUGCACAUUCAAGAUCCAGCAAGCCAAAGGCUCACCUGGACCAAGCCGCCUAUGAAUAUCCUGGUCAUUAAAAAAGUUCGAGAUGAAAGUCUGCUGGAACCAUUCAAACAGCUUUGCACAUUUUUAAUAGAGGAGAAACAUCUUAUGGUGUAUGUUGAACGGAAAGUAGUGGAGGAUGCCAUACUUUUACAGGAUGAGAUGUUUGGAAAAAUACGAAACCAGUUAUGUACCUUCAAAGAAGGUUAUGAUGACAUCUCUAAAUGUAUUGACCUGAUCAUUUGCCUUGGUGGAGAUGGAACCCUGUUGUAUGCAUCCUCUUUAUUUCAGGACAGUGUGCCUCCAGUCAUGGCUUUCCAUCUUGGUUCUCUUGGGUUUUUGACACCAUUUACAUUUGAGUCUUACAAAACUGAGAUAAACAAGGUUUUUGAAGGUAAUGCAGCAAUAGUUCUACGUAGCCGUCUGAAAGUGAAGAUUACCAAGGAUUUGAGCCACUUGCAGGAGAGUGCAAGUACAUAUCCAAUGGAAGAAGAUGGACUUUUAUCUCAAAGCCAUGUGAACAGCGAUGUUGGAAAAGUGGACCUAAACUUGCAGGUGCUGAAUGAGGUGGUUGUUGACAGAGGGCCAUCACCAUUUCUCUCCAAUGUAGAUUUGUAUCUGGAUGAUCGUCUGAUCACAACAGUCCAGGGUGAUGGGGUGAUUGUGUCAACUCCAACUGGAAGCACAGCAUACGCUGCUGCCGCAGGAGCCUCUAUGAUCCACCCUAACGUACCUGCCAUCAUGGUCACUCCAAUCUGUCCACACUCACUCUCAUUCCGACCUAUUGUGGUGCCAGCAGGAGUGGAGCUAAAGGUGAUGCUGUCUCCUGAUGCUCGGAACACAGCCUGGGUGUCUUUUGACGGCAGAAAGAGACAAGAAAUCCAUCAAGGUGACUGCAUUAAGAUCACAACAUCCUGCUACUCUGUGCCUUCCAUCUGCUGCCAUGACCUGGUGUACGACUGGUUUGAAAGUCUGGCAGAGUGUCUGCACUGGAAUGUUCGCAAGAAGCAGACCAGAAUGUCUGAGGAGAUUGACUGAGCCAUUUACCAACUGCAGCACCGACUCACAGAAAAUCUGAACAACUCCUCCUGGCGACUCUGCGCUAAAUACAUAUAGUACUGUACAUACACUACUGGCCUGUUGCACAGGAUUAUGGGGAACUAGUUUUUGAUACUUUUGGACAAUUAAAGUAAAACAUUUUGCUGUCUUGUGCAAUGCUGUAUUGUUUUAAGAAAACAGGAUUAUCUGCUAAUCCAUUUUUGAAAACUGCUGUUUCUAAACACUGGGACAUGGGGGGCAAGAAGCUAUUUUACCAGGAACCAACAUCGAUAGCACACCACCCGUGUUCACUCGCCCCAGGAGUCAAACAGUUUAUUGAGGAAACAAACCAAAAACAUCUGAGGUUCAGUUACCAGCAUGAAAUGCAUUAAAUAAAACGUGUUGCUUCAA